AUGGCUAUGGCUGGGCUGUAUAGGCGAAUCCUUCCUUCUCCCCCUGCAGUCGAAUUUGCCUCUUUACAAGGAAAGCAACUUUUUCUCGAAGCCAUUCAAAAUGGAACUAUGGAAAACUUCUAUAGGUUAAUUUCUUAUUUUCAGACACAAUCGGAGCCGGCUUAUUGUGGAUUGGCGAGCCUCUCCAUGGUCUUGAAUGCCCUUGCUAUUGAUCCUGGAAGGAAAUGGAAAGGACCCUGGAGAUGGUUUGAUGAAUCUAUGUUAGACUGCUGCGAACCUUUGGAGACAGUCAAAGCUAGAGGCAUCUCAUUUGGAAAGCUUGUAUGCUUGGCUCACUGUGCUGGAGCAAAAGUUGAAGCCUUCCGCACAAAUCAUAGCACCAUUGAUGAGUUUCGUAAAUAUGUCAAGAGAUGUUCUAGUUCUGAUGAUUGUCAUGUGAUCUCAUCAUAUGAUAGAUCAGUUCUCAAACAGACGGGUACUGGUCAUUUUUCACCUAUUGGUGGCUAUCAUGCUGGAAAUGACAUGGCACUUAUUUUGGAUGUUGCACGUUUUAAGUAUCCUCCUCAUUGGGUGCCCCUGAAAAUUCUUUGGGACGCCAUGAAUAAUGUUGACUUAUCUACUGGACAACGCAGAGGGUUCAUGCUUAUAUCUAGGCCUCACAGGGAGCCAGGACAACUUUAUACCCUGAGCUGUAAACAUGAGAGUUGGGUUGGUAUUGCGAAAUACUUAAUGGAUGAUGUUCCUAUUCUCUUAAAGUCAGAGGAGGUGAAAGACAUUCAGGAAGUCCUCUCUGUUGUUUUCAUGUCGCUCCCAUCCAAUUUUGGGCAGUUCAUCAAGUGGGUUGCAGAAGUUCGGAGACGAGAAGAUGGUGACCAAAGCUUAAGCCCAGAGGAAAAAGCUAGGCUUGCCCUUAAGGAGGAGGUACUGAGACAAGUGCAGGAAACUGGCCUUUUUAAACAUGUGGCAGAAUUAUUAUCUUCAGCAAAUUCAUGCUGCAGAAACUUAAUUUCUGGUCAUGAAGAAAACUUGCCAAACAUUGCUGCGAGUGUUUGCUGCCAAGGGGCACAAAUUUUGUCUGGGAAGUCUGCCUCCUCAGAGAUGUACUGCUGUCAGGAAACAUGUGUGAAAUGCUUGAAGGCUAAUGGUGAGAAGCCAGUCACAGUGGUGAGUGGGACAGUGGUAAACGGUGAAACUGAGGAGUGGAUGGACAUGCUAGUUCCUUCAUCCCGAAAAAAUUCGGGUUGCUCUUGUGGAGGCUCAAUAAAUCAUAUUGGCAUGCACCCAGCUAGCAAUGAUGUUCUAACAGCACUUCUACUAUCCCUACCCCCGGAGACAUGGUCUGGGAUUAAGGAGGAGAAGCUUUUGAAAGAAAUAAAUAACCUUGUUUCCACUAAUAAUCUUCCUACUUUGCUUCAAGAAGAGGUUUUGCACCUACGGUGUCAGCUCCAACUUCUCAAGAAAUGCCAAGAGGAUAGGGUAGAUGAGGAUCUUGGCGCUCCUUUUCCUUAG